UGAAGGCGUGGGCCAUUUUGCCAAGGAUUGGAAGAAAGCUUUUGCAACAGCCCCAUUUGGAAACUGUCUUGUAUCCUUUCACCUAUCUUGGUUAUUCCGGAGUUAAUUAUUUCUUUUUGUAUGUUGAGAAGAUGGAGGAAAUUCCUACUAAAAAAAGGAAACUAAUUUCGAUCGACAGUAAGCCCGACCGUGUACAACUAGGAGGUGGUAACUUUGGAAACGUAUUUAAAGGAAAGUUCAAAGGCCGUCCAGUCGCAGUAAAAAAAGUUUUACUGCAAAAUUGGAAUGAAGAAGGAGUAAAUGCUAUGAAACAAUUGGAUCAUCCAAACAUCGUCAAACUAUUUCAUUGCGAAAGUGACAGAGACUUCAGGCACUAUGCAUUGGAAUUGUGUAACGCUUCGUUGGAUAGGCUGUUCUUAGAUUCGGAUCACCCCCAAAAAUAUAAGGGACCAAUGCCACGUCACAUUGAAGUUUUCCAUCAGUUAGCUUCAGGUCUCGAACACAUCCAUUCAAAGAACUUUAUUCAUCGAGACAUCAAACCGAAAAAUAUCCUCAUUUCGUUGCGAACUGCCGGCGAAAAUGAAGAGAUAACAAUCAAAUGGGCAGACUUUGGACUGUCUAGAACAGUCAACGAGCGGGGUACAUUCACAAUGAAAAGCGGAAUCAAAUUGACAAAAAAAUGGCUUGCUCCCGAAAUAUUGAGACUUUUGGGGAAAGGCGAAGAGGGUCGAGGAGACGUAAGGAGCGACGUUUUUGCACUUGCCCUCGUCUUUGGUUAUUUUUUAUUGGGCGGGCAACAUCUGUACGGUUCUAUUCAACAUAACGAACAAAUUAUCAGAAACAUAAUCGAAGGAAAGCCAAUCAACAUGCAACAAAUUGAUGAAAAAUUACGCGGCCUUUACGAAGAUGAACUACUUAAAAAAAUGUUGGAAGACGAUCCUACCAAAAGAAUGACAUCAACAGAAAUUGUCCACCAACUAAACUCUAUCAAAGAAAAGCUUACUAAAAAAGAGGAAGAAUUGCGUCAACUAUGUUGUGGUGACUCUCAAUUCGGUCUAAACGAAAAAGUCAAAGACUUGAUAGACUUCGGAAUUGACGUGAACGCAAAAGACAGAUGGAAAAGCAAUGCGCUCCAUCUUUUGUGUGAAAACAAUUCAAGCGUAAAUUUAACUACCGCAAUUCAAAUCUUGGUCCAAUCCGGAAUCGAUGUGAACGCAAAGAUCCAAUAUGGAUCGAAUGCGCUCCAUCUUUUGUGUAUAAACAAUUCAAGCGAACAUUUAGCUGACGCAAUUAAAAUCUUGGCUCAAUCCGGAACCGAUGUGAACGCCAAGGACCAAAAUGGGCAGAAUGCGCUCCAUCUUUUGUGUGAAAACAAUUUAAGCAAAAACUUAACCGACGCAAUCGGAAUUUUAAUUCAAUACGGAAUCGAUGUGAAUGCCAAGGACGGACAUAGACGGAAAGCGAUCGAUUACUUGCUUUUUAACAACGAUAAUUGGAAAGCAAUUCAAAUCCUAAAGAAAGCAACUAGUACUGAUUUCUCGAAACCAACAUAUGGGAAAUCUGAAGAUGAAAAGUUCGUUGAAAGAGACGGAAAAUUGCGUAAAAUGCGUCCUAAUAAUUUUUUGUCGCCUUUAUCAAGAGAAAACAAAGUAUCCAUUCAAGGCGAUAACGACGCGAACAUGAAGGACAAGGGUGAAAGAAAUGCACUCCAUGUUUUGUGUCAACACAAUUCAAGCUCAAGCUUAAUCAACGAAGUAAAACACAUGAUCGAAGUCGGCCACAAGGUGAAUGACAAGGACAAGGACGGAAGGAACGCGCUUCAUUACUUGUGUAGAUACAAUUCCAGUUCAGACUUGAGGGGAGCAAUUCAAAUAUUAAUCGACAACGGAAUCAAGGUGGAAGAAAAGACAAACGAAGGAUGGAACGCGCUCCAUUUUACGUGUCAAAACAAUUCAAACUCAAAGUUAGUUGAAAUACUUUCAAUUUUAAUCGAAAAAGGAGUGGAUGUCAAUGAAAAAACCAAAAGUGGUGAAAGUGCAAUCGACAUCUUAGCCAAGAGUGAGAUCGAUGAAAAUCUGAAAUCAAACGUCCUCAGAUUUCUAAUUCGACAUGGGAUUCAAAUGCAUCUCGACAACAAAGCCAGCCCAAAUGUGAAUAAAUAUUUUAUCAAACAAGACGAUAAUUAUGGUGAACAGUUUCUAAACCUACUGGCGAAGCAAGAAAUCCGUUUAGGAUGGCAUGAAGAAUGUAAAAAUUGCAAUCAAAUACUGUUAAUUAAAAGAAAAUACCAAGUAGGAUUGCAACACCACCACAGGUUUGGCAGCUGUUAUAAAGUAUUUCACUUACUCAUGAAAAAUUUAGAAACGUGGGCGAAAUCAAACCAAAAAUCUGGGGAAUUAGAGCUGGAUAUGAGCAACCCAACAGGGUGGCUGCGCAAAAAAGCAGAACAAUAUUAUCAAAGUGAAACCGAAAAAAGAUACAAAGAAGACUUGGAAGUAAUGGCUGAGGUCAGUGAGCAAGUCCAAGACGGGAACGAAUCGGGUGAUUUUAACUGUGACAACUACGAACGCUAUUUGAGAUCCAUGUACUCGAUUGCGGAGAUGAUCGGCUCCAACCAGUCAAUGGGACAAAUCAAAUGGUUUUAUCUUUUACCUUUUGAUUUUCCCAUGGAUUACGAAAAUGAGAAAGAUUCAAAUAUCAAACGAGCGAAAAUCGAAUGGGACAAGACGCUUUACAGCUGGGCACACAACGAAACUGACACCUGUUACGGCCGCUUUAUGAAAGAAAAUGCCAACGAGGGCUUUUUCCUGCCAGACGAGUUCAAGCACAAGUGCCAUAGUGAACUAUAAUAAUACUAUGUUGAUGUCAAGAAACAAAAAGAAUAUUCACAAAUUACCACAAUAACAUUCUUUUUCUUUACGGAGGCGUUAUUGUUUUAUCGUAGACAUUGAUAGCAAAUUACAAGAAUAUACAGCGGAGCAACUCCUUAAGGAAAUGUUUGUUGUAAUUUAUUGUUACGC